UUGGGUAGCCGGCGGAGGGUAGACUCCCCCGGGCCGCCUCACGCCGCCCGUCACCGUCCCUUGCCGCCCGAGCCUCCCCGGCCGCCCAGCCCGCCCCGCGUCACCCCCGCCGCCGCUAGCCCUCUCCCGGCUCGCAGCCUCCGAGAGCUGGUUCAGUCGGGCUUGCUCUGGCAUCUAUCACAGACCACGCUCAGCCUGGUUCAGUCGGCAACAAGUCGCGUUUGGAGCCGGUGCUGGCUGGUAGUGCGUACGCGCUUCCUCUGUGAACAACUCACUAGCGGUUCUUUGCGUAUUGGCACCAGCGAGGAGAAGGCGCCACGUGCGGGCCUGCGUUUCACCGGGGGCGGGCGCUCAGCGCCGCCCCACAACUAUCCAUGUAUUUUGCCGGGUGCAUCUAUGACGUGGGCGGCCGAGGGCUUGAAAGGGGUUUUCAGGGGAGUGAGGCUGGGGGGAGGGGUCGUGCGCGCGUUUGAGUUACGUGGACGGGAGGGGGGGGGGAGGGUUGUGGGCGGUGGUGGAGGUCGCGAGUUGAAACUUGAGUGUAUCUGGGGUGGCGCGGUGCUGGGUCUUUAG